ACAGCUGUUGUUGCAAAAGAAAACAUCAAAGUGAGUUUCUGCGGCCAGUGUGCCGGCUUCUCCUUUCGUGUUCCGUUAAUGCGGUCCGGCCCGGCCCGCGGAGCCUCUGGCCGGCGUGUCCUGCGCUAGUUCGGGCUGAGUUUGGAGCAGCGAGUCUCGCGUUUGUUGAGAGUUAGCAGCCGCUAGCCUUAGCCGCCUAGCCGCUAACUCCUCAUCUCUGGCUGCUCAACUCAGUUUAAACUCUCUCACUCUUCUGGCAGACACUCACUGAGGUUACCUGGGGAUGAAUAAAAUGCCUGCUCCAAAGAGAGGAUCAUCUCCUCUUGAGUCACAGCCCAAGAUGAGGAAGUUGGACGAGGAUGGAGAGACGGCACCGGAUACAGAGCCCGUCCAAGCAGGGGACGAGGAGGAGAACACAGUCGCUCCACGGACUAAGAAAAAACUAUUUUCUUCACUUGACGGGGGAAAUAAACCAGCCAAGUUUCCAAAACAGAGUUGUCUUACGGAGGAGGACAACUCUGACCCAUCCGUCAAAAAAGCCAAGCUCCUGAAAACCACAAGUGCCUCUUGUGGAGACGCUCCCGCACUGAGAGCAAACUCCAAAGCUUCACUAAAGCGAUCGGCGUCCACCGAGUCUGACGAGGAGCUGAGUAACGAUGGCAGCAAUGUUGACUUCUUCAGGGAGAGGGAUGGUGACGACAAGGCACGCUGCAUCAGAAAAUAUUCUAACAAGGUGAAAGCCAAGCGCAAGGCCGACGAAUCGUCUUUUGAUCCACAGGAGACAGGCCAAGGUUUACUAUCUGCAACAGUGGACCCUGUACAGAUGGACCACGAUUAUGGUAGAUCUUCAGAUUCACAGUCUCUUCAGAGCACAGGUGAGCCAGAUGAGAAAAAAGGAUCUAAAGAGUCUUUAAUUGAAAGAGAGGGACAACAAGUGUCAGAUGAUGCAACACAAAAGGUGUUAACGCAAACCCCAGUCCCUGAAACGGGGAGCACUGAGUCAAGCAACAAAUAUGAAUCUACUGCUAAAGAAAGUAGACAUAUAGACUCAAAGGACCUAGAGAGCCAGCAGCUAGAUGAUGAAACACAGCCAUCUUCUAGCGAAAUAGUAGACAUUUCCAUCGCAGAAAUUCCUAUCUCACCUGAGUACAAGGAAAUUACAAGGAACGAGAAACCACAAAAUAUCAAAAGUCAGGGGGAUGUGGACAAUGAAACACUAAUGUCCAAUCAGAAAAUUCCCUGUACUGUUGCUGUGGAGGUGAAUUCAAGUGCUAAACAUGCAGAGGAAAACACAGAAUCUGCUUGCAGUUUAGAAUGUAACGCUGAUCUGAGCUCCCAGUUGGUUUCUGUAAAAGAUGAACUGAAGAAAAUUUGUCAUACUGAGGAGGUUGAACAAGAAGUAUCAGAAACAGCAGCAGUCUUUACAGACCAUGGGGAGGUUAAACUAGAUGAAGAGGUGUCAAAUGAAACAAACGUUGCUCGAGAACAGCUUUUGGAGGAAAGUAUUAAUCCAGAGGGUCAAAUUAAAGAAAAUGGAAAAGCAGUAGCUGUUGGUCUUUCAGAGACUCAAACAGACUUAAACAUUCAAGUGGUUUUCAAAGAGCAAUUGAACUCUACUGACCAGGUGUCGGAAUCUGUCAUCAGCUUAUGUGAUGAUGUGAACAAAACUGUUGAAAAGUCUGAGGAGACACUUAAAGUGAGUGACAGAGAAGGACAUGACGUCCAGUCUUCUCAGACUGCUGCUUGCCCUGAAGCUUUGUUUGCAGUCCACCUGAGUCCUGACUAUGUAACAGCUGACAGUUGUACUGAUGCUACACCUGUUAGUUGUGAAGCUGGUCAUGAGACUAAUCAAAGAGAGGUUGGUCCUGAAAGUUUCACAGUUCCAGAGGGUCAGCGAACGCCUGGAGUGGAUGUAAAAUGUCAAGAAAACCAUGAUCACGUCGAAGAAACACAGGCUAAAGCUGAAGCACAUUCUCUAAGCACAGACUUACAAAAUGAAUUGAGUAUUCAUCAUGCUGCUGCACCAAAUAGCCUAAUCAAAGGGGAUAUGCAGGCUUUCACUCCUGAUGUUACAGUGGAAACACAAAGCCAGGAUAUUCAUGGAUCUAACACAGACCUGUCUAAAAUAAUUAACAAGGAUCAUGUAGGUGAAAAUUGUAAAAUGAUGGAAAACAAAGAGACUGUGAACUUUGAAAGUUGUAGUGAAGUUGAGAGUCAGCACAAAACAGAAUCACAGACUUUAGAAACAUCAGACAUCUCUGAUACAGAACCUGCAGUGGAAGUACAAAAGCAGGAAAUUCUGCAGGUCAGUGAACCUCCCACAGUCACAGCUACUGAGAUUCAUGAUCAUGUUACAGUUGAUAAAUAUAAAAACAUGGAAACCCUUGAAUGUGCCAGUGGAUCUGAAGGUCAAAGGAGAGUGGAAAACAACUGUGUCACAGCAUUGGAGCUUUCUAACCCGCCAGCUAAAGUGGACGUACAAAUCCAGGAGAGCCAAGUCGGUGAACUUACCACAGUUGUAUCUGCUGAGAUUCACAAAGAUGACACAGUUGAUAAAUGUGAAAACAUGGAAACUGUUGAUUGUGCCACUGGAUCUAAGUGUCAAAGUGAGACGGAGAUUCACUCUCUCACGUCAGAAUGUUCUAAUCCUGUGGACAAAGUGGAAACCCAAAUCCAGGAGACGCAGGUCAGUGAACCCAUCGCAGAUGUACCUGACACAGGUCAAAGCAUUCCAGUGACUGCAAAUUAUAAUAACAAUGAAGAUGCUGAACGUGUUGCUUCUGCUGAGAGUCAAAUAGAUGAGGAUCUGACUGCAGCCACAUCAGAGGAGGUCUGUAACGUGCAGCAGGUUGUGGAAACUCACUGUCAAGUGAACCAAGUGGUCUGUAAACCUACUACAGAUACACCUCAUGAAGAUCUGGAGACUGCAAAUGGUAAGAAUAGUGAAGAUGCUGAAUGUGCUGCACCUGCUGGUAAUGAAAUGAAUAUGGAUAUUCACACUACACCCACAUCAGAAGAAGUUUAUAACAUGACGCAGAGUGUGGAAACGCACUGUCAGGUGAAGCAAGUCGUUCCUGAACCGACCACAGACAUGCAUCAUGAAAAUGAGAAAGAUCUAAAGAAUACAAACUGUAAGAGUAGUGAAGAUGCUGAAUGUGAUUCUGAUACUCAGAGUCCAAUAGGAACUGAUUUACAGAUUCUCGCCACAUCAGAGGAGACCUGUAACAUUGCACCUGUAAUGGAAAUGCAUAGCCAGGCGGGCAGUGAACCUACAAAUGACACAUCAACAGAUGAUCAUAAGGCAGAACACGACCAAACUGUUGAGUCUGCCAACAAUAUGAACUUGGAGUCUGUGACUGAAGCACAGAGUCAGAUGGAAACAGGGAUUGAUGCAAAAGAGACAGUUGAGGCUUCAAACCCAGUCCUUUCAGUAGAGGUACAAAAACCAGAUAUGCUCAUGCAGACAUUACACUGCAGUUCUAACGAGUCAUCUGAACUGGUGGGCAGUGAACCUAGAAAUGACAUAUCAAUAGAUGAUCAUAAGGCAGAAGAAGACCAAACUGUUGAGUCUGCCAACAAUGUGAACUUGGAGUCUGUGACUGAAGCACAGAGUCAGAUGGAAACAGGGAUUGAUGCAACAGAGACAGUUGAGGCUUCAAACCCAGUCCUUUCAGUAGAGGUACAAAAACCAGAUAUGGUCAUGCAGACAUUACACUGCAGUUCUAACAAGUCACCUGAACUGGAAAUACAAGGUCAGAAUCACCUGGAAGUGAGUGCAAAUACGCCAGAGGACAAAUCAGAGGAGGUUCAUGAAGACUUGUUAACUGAGAGUUCACAAAAUGUGAAGAAUGAAGACGAGGUCAAAUCUGAAUGUGUGACCGUACAAGAGAAUGAAAUCAGAAUAGAAGUUCCAAUCAUGUCAGGUUCAGAGAUUUCUCCAGCAGACCCUUCAGCAGAAAUACUGAGAGUAGAAAGCCAAAAUGAAAUGGAUGUGCAGACUUCAAUGGCAGUGCAGGUUUCAAAACUACCUGCGAUGGAAAUUCAAGACCAAAAGAGCCAAGAUGUGAAAGAACAAAAUGUUGACUUGCCCUCUGUGAUGGCAGAAAAUCAAAACAAAAUGGAAAAUCAGUUUGAAUUGAUGCCAGAGAUUUUAGUUUCACCUCUUCCUGCUGAAACACAGAACCAGAAGAACCCGGUGGGAUUAUCUGAUACUGUUAGAGACGUAUCUGAAAAUGUCCAAGGCAGUUUAAGGAUUCCCACUAAUGAGAGUGACAAAAUUGAAAAGGCUGAAGAAUGUGUACGCAGUGCUGAGAGGUCAAAUGAAGUGGAAAUGCAAAUGGAAAUGGCAACAACUACAGUACAAGUACAAAGCCAAAGAGGUCAAGAGGUCAGUGAAUGCAUCACAGACACUGAAGUAGAAAAAGAGUCCUUUAUUACUGCGAGUGAACAAAACAAGCACUCUAAUACUUGUCACAGUGGUUCUGAGAAUCACAUUGAUGUGGACAUGCAAAAAUCUGUAACACCAGAAGACAUUUCUGAUCAGAAAUCUGAUGUUGGAAGCCAGGAGCUCAGUAAAAUCAUUACAAAUGAGGACAAUGUUCAUUUUGAAUCUAUUCAAGAGUCUCAGACUAAUAUUGAGGCUUCUGGAGCCGCGGACGAGGCUCUCUGUCCAGCAGCUGUGGCAGAACACCAAAACCAUGUGGCAGAAAAAAUCAAUGUACCCGCUAUGGAGUCAUCAGAUGUGCUUCCGAUUGCUGAUUUGGAAAACAAAGAUAACAGAGAGACACCGGCUGCUGUUGAGGAUGUCCAAGCGGACGUCGAUGUAAUAAGUGGGUCAAUAGAAAGGGCAGAUUCUGCAUUACAAGAAGAAAUGGGGAGGCAAGUGAUUAAUGAGGUCAACGCUGACAGAAAAGUCGGUAAUAUUGAAGGAAAUGAAAGCGAUGAACUAAUUGUUUUUGGCUGUGGCCAACCCGAAAACACUGAUAAUGUUCUUCAGGCAUCAGAAGAGACGAUUAAGAUGGGAAAUCAGUCAGAGAUAGUGUAUGAGCCCAUUAGUAGUCCAGAGAGUAACAAUGGUGAGGAUAUUUGUACAAAAACAGAACUACUUGAUGGAGUUUCUUUUCUAGACAUACAGAGGAAAGACACCCAGCAGUUACAAGACGAUGCAUCACACUUUCCUGCUAACGAAGACCAUAAAGACGCUGGGGACACCAAACCAGAGGAGGUUGAAAUGAAUGUCUCAGACAGCCAAGCAGCUGCUUCAGUAGAGGUAGGAACUAUCAGUGAGCCACAUUGUCCUGCACACGCACAGCCGGAGCAGAGUAAUGCAACUGUGGAUGUGAAACAAGUCGCAGCAGUCAGCUCCAGCGAUGACAUCAGCAUGUCGGAUGGCUCCUCCAAAGAUGCCACAGAGAAAAGUGACAGUAAUGGCAUUCAAGAGUGCAGCACGGCACCAGAGUUAACCGGGCAGGUGCAGGAGGAUGCUACACUUCAGGAGGCUGCAGACAUUACCGUGGCAACACCAGCUGAAGCUGUGAUAACUGAUGGUGCAACUGAAGAUUAUGUGAUCUUAGAACCAGUCCCAGAUAAUGAAAUUCACUUUGACAUCGUCACGCAGGCGGCAGCCGAAUCGGGUCUGUCGGCCUCGCUCUCAGAGGUAGGCAGUCCAGAUGGAGCGUUGGUGGGCGAAAUGACAAAUCAAAGCACUUUAAAUGGCUCCCAACAGUUUCUUGAGGGACAGACGCAUCUGAGUAAAACAACCGAACCAGUCAAAGAUGUUAUCAUGACCAGUUCGGUUGAUGUUUCAGACCAGAAGACGCAGGCAGCCAUUCUUCCAGAUGUCCAAACGUCUGAGCAGCAACCAUCAUCUGCUAUAGUGGACGCAGAAAUGACAAAUUCUGAUGCUCAAGAUACAAAUGAAGACUGUAAUGUAGUACUGAAUCAGAAUACUGGAAGUAAUUUAGAUCUGCAAGAAGUGCAGAUUCUGGAGGAUAUGGAGAUUGGUCAUGAGAUCGUGGUGGCAGAAGAUAACGAAGAAGACAGUGACAUUACAAUAAUAUCAAAACCUCAAACUCAAUCUGCUGAAGGUCCUUCUGAACAGUCUGAAGAAAAGGAGGUUGAGAAAACUAAAGAGGACGCUGGUGGAAGCACGAAGCCCGGCGACAGUGUAGAAAAGACUGAAAAAGAUAAAAAGGGACAGGAGGCAGCAAAACCCAAGAAGCAAGAGAUGAACACACAAGCAAGAACCAAAGCUCGUCUUGCAGCUCUGGCUGAGCAAAAGGCUGCAGCAUCGAAGAGAACAGCCAACAGACAGCAGCUGAACCUGUUAGCCUUGUGUCAGGAAAUCGCAGAGGACAUUGCCACAGACAGCAUGUUGCUGAAGAGGAUAGAGGAAGAAAAGCAGCAGGCGGCGGCUGCUGCUGCUGCUGCGGCGGCGGCGGCGGCGGCGGCGGCGGCGGCAGCAGCAGCUGCUGCUGCAGCCAAGGCUAAAGCAAGUGAGAAGGAACAUCCGCCCGUUAACACACAAGAUGCAGAGUCGGUUGAUGUUGCCACUCCUGCUGGACCGGAGGGAUGCUCUGCUUCAGUGGCCCAAAGUCCAGAGCCACCUGCCCCCCAGCCGCCAAGCACUGAUUCAGCAGAAACCAAGCCUUCUGCAGAGCCUCAAAAGAAGCGCUUCUUCAUCUCCCAAAUUUCAGUGCCAUUAAAAGUCCAUGAGAAGAAGAGGUUAACACGGUAUCAAAGACUUAGGCAGGUUGAACUCCAGAGGGAGAAAAUGUCGUGGGCCCGCAUGAAGAAAUUGAAGUCUGACCAAGCGAAUCAGAUGUUUUCAGACAUCGACUGGCAGGCGCCUUUUACUGCCAGCUCUCUAUUUACAGUGAGUCCCGGAACUGCAACUCCUCCACCUGCAGCGAGUCCAUCGCAAAUAUCCCCCACAAGUCCGAGCACAACUAACAAACCUGCACAAGCAGCAGCACCGGCCCCCAAGGUUGAGACUGUUAAAGCCGAUCCUUCAAAAACAGGAACCGCCAAAGCUGAAUCCAGUAAAACAGAAGCCCCCAAAACCGAACCCGCUAAAGUGGAAAUCCCGAAAAGUGAACCUAUUAAAGCAGAAACUGCCAAAGCUGAACCUUCUGCUGUUGAAAACCGAAGAUCUACGAGACAGAGUAAGGCUCAAGCCUCCAAAGCUGCCGCAGCUCCAGGACCUGCCCCAAAAGUGACCAGAUCCGCAGCCAAGAGGACCCUCCCAGCAGUCCCGCCUCCCAUGCCCAAUGGACUUAAGGCUCAAAAACCAAAGCCGGAAAUUGAGUACAAGCCGUACAGACCCAGGCCCAAAUAUUCCUUUGAUGAUUUUGAACUGGAUGACGAUCCAUUACCAGCUCCUCCGAGAAGACCUCACUCGCAUGUACAUCCUGCUCGACCCAGCCUUCAGUCCAAUCCUGCUGCUCAGUCCAAACCCACAGCCCCAUUAAAACCUGCUAUCCAAAGCUCUUCAUCACAACUUGCCAAUCAGGCAAGAGUCAAAGCUCAGAGCACUCCUCCCAGACAGAUCCCAGGUCAGUCAAAGUCCACCGUUGCAACUCAGUCUCAGUUAAAGCCUGCACAAUCAAGAAAUGCUGGUCCAGCAACUCUGCAGCCCAGGGCUGCAGCCACAGCUUCAUCAAAGCCCGUUUCCGUUGCCAACGCUCAGUCCAAGUCACCUGCCUUGAGUGCAACACAGACAAAAACGGUCUCAGCUCCAGGAAAGCCCACGCCUGCUGCUCCUGCCUCGUCCCAGUUAAAGACAGCCGGAGCGGGUGAGACACAGUUGAGACGGUCGGAACCAGCAGCAGCUCAGCCGGCGGUUCAACCCAAACCUGGGACGAAGGCUGGUUCUCCUAAGAGCGGUGUUACUUCAGUGCCUCUGACUCCCCCAAAUCCCCCAUCACAAGGAGACGACGCAUGCAAGUCACAGAAUACAGCGGGUCCACUUUCAUCCACGCCUGCCCCGUCCCUUCCCUCUGUGGAGACCAAAUUGUCUGAUGACACAGAGCAGGGAGAAGAAAAGCCUGCAGAAAUUAAGACGGAAACAGUCAAAACUGUGGAGAAUACGUCAGAAAGGCCCUGUAAAGACAGGGUGACAAAGCAACAAGAUGGUGCGACUCCUCUCUCUGACGCUUGCCUGCAAAAAGAGGUCAAGAGACUAAAAGAGGCGGACAAAGAUGGCACUCAGACUGUUAUCGACGCAGGACAGAAGCACUUCGGACCGGUGUCCUGCAGUGUGUGUGGGAUGCUCUACUCUGCUGCCAACACGGAGGAUGAAGCUCAGCAUUUACUCUUCCACACCCAGUUCGUCAGUGCUGUCAAAUACGUGGGAUGGAAAAAAGAGAGGAUUCUAUCAGAGUAUCCUGAUGGCAAGAUCAUUCUUGUGCUGCCAGAUGAUCCCAAAUAUGCGUUGAAGAAGGUGGAAGAAAUCCGGGAGAUGGUGGACAAUGACCUCGGCUUCCAGCAGGUGGAGACAAAGUGCCCCUCAAAGACCAAAACCUUCCUCUUCAUCUCCAUGGACAAGAAAGUUGCUGGGUGUCUCAUAGCGGAGCACAUACAAGAGGGGCACAGGGUGAUUGAAGAGCCCAUACCUGAGGGCUCGGAGGGGGAGAAAGUGAUGUUUGAACGUCAGAGAGCUUGGUGCUGCUCCACGACAGCGGAGCCAGCUAUCUGUGGCAUCAGUCGCAUCUGGGUCGUCAGCAUGAUGAGACGCCAGGGCAUCGCCUCGCGCAUGCUCGAAUGCCUCAGGAAUAACUUCAUCUACGGUUCCUACCUGAGCAAAGAUGAGAUUGCUUUCUCAGACCCCACUCCUGAUGGAAAACUCUUCGCUACACAUUAUUUUAGAACCUCUCAGUUUUUAGUGUACAACUUUGUGAGUGGAACGCGCCCAUCCCAACCCAAAACUCACGCAGCAGUAUGACCUUCUGCAGGAGAGGUGUGACGUUGGCUUCAGCUGCGACGCUGAGCAGUGGGGAGACCGCCAUCUUCAGUGUCUGACACGAAUCCUUUUAGUGUAUCAAACUAAACACAAACUUUUAAGUUACUCCUCAGAGACAUCGCUCAUUGGUUUAAAUCUCAGGAUAAAAACAACAAAGGGGUUGUUGGAAGAAUGCUAUGAAUUCACCCUUUAAUCUUUCCCUUCAUGGUAUUUUGAAUAGGGUAGUAUUUUCUCCAUAAUGUUAAACAUAUACAAUUGGUUGUAUUCAAAUUUAAGUUUACAUGCGUGACUUUGCAGCUGUAGGAACAAAGAUCAUGUCAUUGCUUUUUAGCACAUGGUGUUAAACAGUUAUUUUAACAUUUGUCGUUUUAUUUUUUUCUCUUUUUCUUUCUCCGAGUCUUUCUGUAAAGUAACACUGAGAGCCAUGUUGUUCAUCUCCCCGACAGCGAUUCUGCCACAUCUCCUGUUGAGUUUUAGUGUUUAAAGGGCACGACUGUGCAACAGUCCGGAUGAAGUGUUUUCCCUCUGUAGUUUGGGCAUUCUUUUUACGUUCUGAUUUUCUGAGAUCACCUUGCCUGUAAUGUUUUUUUUUGUUGUUUUUUUUUUUUUAAAGCCGAGCCAUAGACUGUACCCCUUUGUAGCCUUUUUACUCUACGCGUGGUGUCUUUAAAUCUCACGGAGGUUGUCUCGCUUUUUUGUGCCUGAAUGCAUAAUGUUCUGACUUCAGAUAUUGAUUUAUUUUUCUCUUCUUGUUUGCCAUAUGUUCCUCUUAAGCAACAUACUGUAUGGCUUUUUAUUCAUUUAGUGUAGGAAAUCACCCUCUUAUACCUUAGUAACAAAAUUGAAAUGUAUAUGAAAUAAUCAUGUAGAUUUAUUCAUAAUAUAACAAGAUUUUUAAUGAGGACGAGCAUGGCUAAGGCUAUCAUGUUAAGUGGUAUUUCGGUGGAUGAAUAUCUAACGUGUUCAGCCUUAACGAUUGAAAACAGUGCUCAGGAUUCAACGCGAGGGCUUAGACCGACCCCUCGACACACAGAUGAACAGCAUCACUGUAAUCCAUCCCUUAUUUUUUUGCUUCACCUUGUUAAACCUGUCGCUUUUAGAGAGAUGUUUUGUGUAAGAAAAACUAAUUUGAUUUAUACAAAGCUGUUAUGUAAAUAUUUAUUUAAAUAAAACAUUUUUG